AUGAGUGAAUUCUGGUUGUGUUUCAACUGCUGUAUUGCAGAACAGCCUCAGCCUAAGCGGCGACGGCGGAUUGAUCGAAGUAUGAUCGGAGAACCAACAAACUUUGUGCACACAGCUCAUGUAGGAUCAGGAGAUCUGUUCAGUGGAAUGAACUCGGUUAGCUCCAUCCAGAACCAGAUGCAGUCCAAGGGAGGCUACGGAGGCGGGAUGGCCGCCAAUGUGCAGAUGCAGCUCGUGGACACGAAGGCUGGAUAG